AUCCUGGUGGCGUUGUAAAAGAUCGCAUGAAUGCCGAUUCCUUUGAGAAAUAUCACAACUCUUCAAAAUUAAACUCAGACAGGUUUAAAUGAAGACUAUCAGCAAGAGAAUCAAUUUUGCAGCGUUGGCUGUCUACGUGGUCUUUUUGGCAACGAGAAGUUGCUCAGCAGAGUUCCACGCGUUGCUAGGAACAUCUAUUUAUGUUCCUAAAGAGGAUCUUUUGGGUGACAUCCCAAAUGGAAUAUCAUUCUUCAAAGAGAUUCCGGAGGAAUGCCUACGAACGAUAAACCUCGCGACCACCAUGAAAGAUCAAUCAUUUUACAAGAACACUGGAGAGUUUUACAAAAGCAUCGCCACUGAGACAAAUCUCGAUGCAAAAUACGAAGGAGGCUUCUCUCUUGGGGCUUCUCUGGACGCCACUACAAAAAGCGUCAGCGGUAAUAAACGCGAAAUUAGCGGAACGUCGCUAAACUUGGAAACGAAGGCUUAUGAACAGCAAAUGAAACCAAACUGUCUUUACAAUACAGAAAUGGAUUCAAAGGUCGUUAGUGAUUUUGCUUCCCUUCGAACAAAGAUUUCAAAUCCUUGGCGGGAAUCGUCUUGGCGAGAUUACCAAAGGUUUCUCCACGCGCAUGGCUCGCACGUUAUCACAGCGGUAACAUUUGGUGCAAGUAUUGAUCAAUAUGCUUUUGCUGAGCAGUCAUCCUCCUACACCGCACGUGAUUUCACCGUUAAGGCAUGUGCUUCUCUGGCGAAGGAUGUCAAAGUUUCCUCAGUUUCUGGCACUGCAUGUUUUGGUGUUUCCUCAGAAGAGAUUAACAAGAUAUCUGAAAAACAUAUGACGACAUCAAUUACAAUCCGUGGUGGCAAUGCAACGACGCGUCAAAAACUCCUUUACGACCGUUCAGAUGAAAUAAUCCUUCAGUUUCUAGAAGAAGGCCAUAGCAGCCCAGCUCCGAUACAAUUUACUCUUACACCAAUCUGGCAGGUCCUCAGUGAACAGCAACAAAACCAAGCGAAAUCUAUAAAUCUUCAAUACUAUUUCGAUGGUUUCUUGAACUUCGGCUGUAAUCACAUCUCAGGUAAACGUGGACUAGAUCUGCAGACAUUCAACUUCGCCAAAUACUCCACAGACGACAACCCAGUCUAUGAGUGCACCAUAGCACCUUCUGGUUGUCAUGACGACGACGACUGUCAUUACACGUUCGGUGUUUAUUGUUCUUGUUAUGGCGAUUCUUGCAUACGGUAUCGACACAUGAAAACAACAAGUGGUAACACCCGCCCCUAUGCCACCCAACAGACGGAAAGCGGUUGGGCAUGGCAAGGAUGUGGUUGGUAUACUUGGGGAUCGCGUUGUUACUGCGAGAAGAAAAACUCGUACAGAAAGCCUAUCUGGCCUGUUGUAUGAAGAAAAAUGACGGAUGUCUUGUGUCUUGCAAAAUAAAUCCUCUCAAUCACACAUGUUUUAUUUUGUUAUUUGCCCUG